AGCUGUGUUGCUCUCAGUAAGUCAGCUUUGUAGAUAGCAUCAAUCUCUUCUCUUUGUGGAUCGUAAAUAUGAUGGUGCCAGAUGGUGCUGCUUCUUCCAACCAGGUCCCACAGCAAGCUGAAGUGGUGGGCCAGCCUUCGACGAUGGUCAAGGUCGCCGUCCCAACUGGUGCAACGGCAGGGCAGCAGAUCAACUUCACGAUGCCGAAUGGUCAGCGUGUGACCACUUCCCUGCAGGAGGGAGUUCAACCUGGCACAGUUCUCACCGUAGCAGUCCCCAGUGCAGAUGCACCAGCUCCAGUGGCUCCUGUGGCUCCUGCCAUGCCUGUGAACAGCAGUGAUGGCCUGGCACAAGCCAGAGAGGCAUUGCUCCCUGCACCCGUGGUGAAUGCUGCGGAGGCGGAUCAGCGCGCGGCCACAUUGAAGUGGUUGCUCUACGGCGGUAGCUUUUUGGUCUGCUGCUUUUGCAGCCUGCCCGUGGCCCUCUGCAUUUGGGGUGCUUUGGCGCUUGACUACUUUUGCAAGUCCUCAGAGGACCGGGCACGUCGCCCACGCUCCUACGCCCCUGCUUGCGCAUCUGCUGUGACUGUCAGCGUUGUAGGCGUCCUGUGCGUUUGCGCACUCCUGGCAGUUCUGAUCGCAGCAGUGUUGGUGGCUGCAAUGUGUGCAACAGACGGCGACAAGCCGGACGUUUGCACUGACCUGCAGAAGUUCCUCAACAACUCAGACACGCCUUGGCACCAUGGACCUCAUGGACCUCAUGGGCCGCAUCACUGGGAGCCCCACCAUUGGCAAAACAAGAGGAUGUUCUUGGACAAGGUCUUGCACAGGGAUCAUCACCCGGAAGGCCUCGUUUUUCCUCCUGGAAUGCCAAAUGUGGAGGACCUUGCCAAGACACUGGAUGGGGAGAUGGAUGCGGUGCCUCAAGGACCUCUGGGACCAGCGAAGGAGGGCUUCAUUUUCUGAGGCUUAGAGACCUGGUGACACAUUGAGACCGGUUUCGCAGAGAAUCAUGUGGAGCU